AUGGAACGAGAAGAGCCAAGCAGAGGAGCAAUUGAUGGCGAUGAGAGGGAUAAUGCUGUUAUAGGACCAGGAGAUGUAAAUGAACCAGGCCUUACAAUGGGAAGACUAAAAAAAAAUCAGAGGCCUACAGACGAGAUGCUGGAAGAGGCUCUCCGAAUGUCGUCAAGAGAGAGCCAAGAGCUCAAUGAAGAGAUCGGAGAAGGAAGAAGGAGUAUUUGCUUAUUCAAAGGAAAAUUCAAUUCAUAA